AUGGCAGAGGCGGAGCUGGUGCCAAGCGUCAUCUCUCCUACAAUCCACAGUGCUGGAAUCAGCGCGUGUGAGAAAGCCGGGCAAUGGCAAAGGGCGCUGUCGCUUCUCUGCGACAUGGGGGAUUCGAUAUUGGAAGCGGACGUCAUCAUCUACAGUGCUGGAAUCAGCGCAUGCGACAGAGGUGGACAGUGGCAGCGGGCGUUGUCGCUACUCGGCGAGAUGCGGGAGAAGAGAGUGGAGCCGAACGUUGUCAGCUACAACGCUGCAAUCAGCGCUUGUGGGACAGGUGGCGAGUGGCAACAGGCGUCUUCGCUGCUUUUCGAAAUCGGGGAGUCGAGCCUGGAACCGGACGUCUUCAGCUACAGUUCUGGGAUCAGCGCUUGCGAGAAGUGUGGGAGAUGGCAGCAGGCGCUUUCAUUGUUCGGCAACUUGUGGGAAACCAAAGUGGAAGCUGACGUUUUCACUUUCAGUGCCGGCAUCAGCGCGUGUGAGAAGGGAGCACAGUGGCAACAUGCGUUGUCAUUGCUCAGAGACAUGGGCACAGCGAAAAUGCGUUUCGAUGUCAUCAUUUACGGCGCUGGAGUUAGCGCGUGCGAGAAGGGCGGGCAGUGGUAUCAGGCACUGUCGCUACUGAGAGAAGCAGGGAAUGCCAACUUAGAUCUGGACGCUAUUAUCUAUAACGCCGGAAUUAGCGCGUGCGAGAAAUGCGGGCAGUGGCAGCAAGCGGUAUCUUUGUUGAGAGAGUUGCGCAGCUUGAAAUUACAACCUGAUGACAUCAGCUAUAAUGCUGGAAUUAGCGCGUGCGAGAAAGGUAGAGAGUGGCAGUACGCUCUAUCGCUAUUGAUUGAGAUGGGGGAAGAGGCGGUAGAUCGGAACGCCAUCAGCUACAAUGCUGGAAUCAGUGCAUGCGAGAAGGCUGGUCACUGGGAGAAGGCUCUGACGCUCUUGAGGGAAAUGCGGAACUCGCAGGUUGACCCUGAUGUCAUAUGCUACAACGCUGGGAUCAGCGCGUGCGAAAAAGGCAACCAGUGGGAAGUGGCUCUGUCGCUGCUCACCGAGGUGGUGGAGGCGAUUCUGGAGCCCGACGCCAUUAGCUACAGUGCUGGGAUCGGCGCGUGCCACAAGGGCGGGCAGUGGCAGCAGGCCGUGCUGUUGCUCAGCAAGAUGUGGAAGGCGAAGUUGGCGGUCGGCGUCAUCACCUGCAACGCUGUAAUCAGCGCGUGUGAGAGAAACAAGCAGUGGCAGUGGGUUUUGUCGCUGCUCGUCGAGAUGCGGGAAGCGAAGUUGGAGCCAAACGUCAUCAGUUUCGAAUAUGGAAUCCGCGCGUGCGAUAAAAGCUGGCAUGCCAUGCGGAUGCCGUCGUUGCUCAGCGAGGUGAGGAAGACAGUUUGA